AUGCCCCCCAGAAUAAAUAUUCCGCCGGUGACGCGGGUGGUACUCAUCGUCCUUGUUGUCCAGUCGCUCCUAAAUGCAGCUAUUCGGUAUCGCCAGUGGACGAGCGGCUCGAAUAUCGUCAUUCCGUACCUCACAUUCGUGCCGCAGCUCUCUCUCAUCUACCCCUGGACCUUAUUGACAACGACAUUCGUGGAGAACAACGUCUUCACUCUCGCGAUAUCAACUCUGACGGUCUAUCAUGGAGGGCGCUAUCUUGAGCGGGCAUGGUCUUCGGCUGAGCUGGCCAAGUUCAUCGUCGUCGUUUCCUUGAUCCCGAACCUUUUGUCAUUUGCGACCUUUGUCCUCCUCUUCAUCCUGACAGGGAAUGAGGGCUGGACGCUUACUGUUAUUGCUGGCACGACACCCAUCCAGAUCGCACUUUUGGUCGCAUUCAGUCAGCUCGUUCCAGCUCAUACUGUUACCCUCUUCCGUGGCAUUCUCUCUCUUCGAGUUCCGAGGUUCCCCCUCCUUUAUAUCAGCAUCGUGACAGUGUUGGCAAUGACGCCUCUCUUCUCCAGUGCCACGUUCUUCAUGGCCAUCUAUGGUUUCCUCGCCAGCUGGACAUAUUUGCGAUUCUAUAAGCGAGUUUUCCCCGAUCUGGACUCGUCGCAACCAUCUUCCCUCCGCGGCGAUGCCAGCGAGACCUUUGCCUUUGCCGAGUUCUUCCCCGGCCCUCUCAAGCCCACGGUCGCCUCAUUCUCCAACACCGUCUUCAACAUUUUGGUAUCCCUGCGAAUCUGCACACCAUUCACCCAAGCCGAUAUUUCAGCAGCGAGGGGCGACAACAACUUUUUGCAGCGAACCGUUCCAGGUAGCGCGAGGGCGGAGGCCGAGCGGCGACGAGCUCUAGCUCUCCGGACGCUUGAUCAGCGCCUUCAGGCAGCGACGGCCGCGCGAUCGCAGCCCACUCCCCCUCCCCGCGAGCCUACCGGCCCCACCGUGCAGACCCAACCGCCUGCCAGCACGCAGACUGCCAUGACCACGCAGCCCGCACCGAUGUUGGGCGAGACCAAAUAUACGCCUGAUAACGAAGGACUCGAGAAGAGCUCUGCUUGA